AUGUAUUCCUCCGCCGUUACAGUAAGGCUCCCUCAUGUCUUAUCAAAGGGUCGCCGAGGAAUUUCAACUAGUGUGUCUUCAGACCUAAAAGAAAGUGGUUGUGGCGACUACGGUUGCGCUUUUUAUUUUGCUUCAGCCAUGCAUAGAGGCAGAGGUGGAAUUGGUCAGAGCCUGAUCCUGUCACAGAAAGCAGAACCUGCAAUUGUAGCGCGGGAAAUGCAGCCACAAUCACACUACAAAAGCCGGGCCAGGGAAGUGCCAGUGCAGCAGAUAUCAGAGACUAAGGAAGGGCCAUGGCAGGAGUCACCUGACAAAUGGGCUAAAAGUAUUUGGGAUGAGUCUCCUACUAAGCAAGGUUUAUGGCAAGAGUCACCUAGCAAACAGGGAGUAUGGCAAGAAUCGCCCAGUAAAGAUAGUUUAUGGCAAGAGUCUCCCAGAAAGCAAGGUGCAUGCCUUGUGUCACACAGCAAGGAGGGUACACACCCUAUCUCUCAGGAUGUAUGGCGAGAAUUGCCUAGUCAGCAGAAUUUGUCACCAAUGGAGAAACAGUUUGAAGAGGCAGGCAAGUUCUUUGCAUCCAUGACUAUCUCAGCGACCAGUAGUCGAGGACAGACCCAAAAUCCGUUUGCAUGCAAGACCACGUUUGGAAUGAUGGAUGGCAGCAAACAAGGUCAAAGGCAAAGUGAGGACCUUCAAGCUUCCACUACAGCAUUUGCUAAAGUGUCCCCUCCAGUGAAUCCUGCUUCCCAUGGUAAUAUGACUUCCUGCAUUUGCAAUCGUCCUAAGAGAAGAAUUUGGUGUAGGAAGUGUGGUAGCCUGAUACUGGGUCGCAUAAACAUUGUUUGCCAGAAACAUACACAGGUGAUGUAUUUAUCAGACCACAGAAAUUGUUGGAGUUGCAAAGCCUCUCUAGAACACUUGACGGAAUUGGAUGACGACGUGGUCUUUCCAGGAGCCAAGGGGAAAGAGGCUCCCAUGCGUAAGAAUCGCGUCGCCAACCGGCAGGAGUAGUGUUGAGUGGAAUGCUUUGCCUGUACUGUCAGAGAGAAGCGUGUGAUCAUGGUUUUAUUAUAUAGAUUAAACUAAAAUUAGGGUACAUUUACAACAGUAGUGUAAAUUAUUUAGGAAGUAGGUGGAUGAUUAUUAACAUCCAUAAAUGCCUAUGGAAGUACAGAAAGAACACAUCCUUCAUGUAAAACCAUCUAUCAACAGUUUUAACAUUUAUAAAUUAAGAAGCACUUGCACUAACUUUUUUCUCCAUUUUUCCCCACUUCCUCCUUUCACAACUUUCUUUCUCUUUCCCCUCCCCUCUUUUGGCACUCUUUUCCAUCCUUUCCUCUUGUGUCUCCUCUUAGCUGCUAUCCCUACCUCCCAUCCCCUCCCUUCUCCUCCAUUCCCCUCC